AUGCGCGCUCGUCUGUUCCUCCGAGCGCUGCUGGCCCUGGCAGGCACUAUAGGCCUGGCUGCAGGGGGUCAGCUUCGGAGCUCUUCUCAGGCCCAGGCCAAAGAGCUGGCCCUGGCGAACGCGACGAAGGCAGUCGCCGAACAGCCCAUUGUACACAUACUUAGGCGGCCUGAGUCCUUAGCUGGGAAGCUUGUAGCGCCGGAUUUUCCAGCCAAGCAGAAGGCCAGCGACCCGUUCCAAGUCGCCACAUCCGACGGCAACGUGACCUUUUCGAAUGAUCUUGGCCCCCAGACUUCCGAGCCUGACGCUGGAGUCGGGCUAAAGCCUCUCUUCAUUAUCUUCGUAGCUGCGAUCUUCUUCGCCAUCCUAGUGGCAGUGUGUGUGAUUCUGCCCCGCCUGCAGGGUGUUACAUUGGGCAUCGCCGGCAGCCUGGAACACAGUUGGCGUCACUCCGACCGCACGAAGUCGGUCGAAUAG